AAGUUGGUAUUGUCCACGUGACGAUUUGAACCUUGGACUUUGAUAAAUUCGUGUAUCUGCAGAAACUUUAAUCUUAUUUAUUAGUCCAGUGUUAUGUAAAUUGUUUAAUCGUCAUGUUUUCAACUUGUACUCGUCAAGUUUCCACUCAACUUUCCAGCCAACUCAGGAGGCUGCAAAGUACCCUUAUUAUUGCUGAACACAAUAAUGAAGCACUUUCACCAAUUACACAAAAUGCCUUGACUGCAGCCAAGAAGUUGGGUGGUGAAGUCACUGUUCUGGUUGCUGGUACCAAGUGUGGACCUGCCGCUGAAGCUGUUGCCAAGUGUAAUGGACUAGCCCGAGUGCUUGUUGCUGAAUCUGAUGCCUUCAAUGGCUUUACAGCUGAAAGUAUCACCCCUUUGGUCCUUGCCACUCAAAAGCAGUUCAAUUUUACACAUAUUGUUGCUGGUGCAUCAGCUUUUGGAAAGGCUUUGCUUCCAAGGGUUGCAGCUAAGUUGGAUGUAUCACCAGUAUCAGAUGUUAUUGACAUUAAGAGCCCAGACACCUUUGUUCGCAGUGUCUAUGCUGGUAACGCCAUCCAGACUUUGACUGCUAAGGAUGCUAUUAAAGUUAUUAGCAUCAGAGGAACCAGCUUUGAAGCUGAUAAACUUGAGGGUGGUUCUACAGCCACUGAGAAGGUUGAAGGAAGCUAUAGUACUGAUUUGACCACCUUCGUCAGCCAAGAGCUUAGCAAGUCGGAUCGUCCAGAAUUGUCCGGCGCUAAAGUUGUCAUCAGUGGAGGUCGUGGAAUGAAGUCAGGCGAUAACUUCAAGCUCUUGUACGAUCUUGCUGAUAAGAUGGGAGCUGCCGUUGGCGCUUCAAGAGCCGCUGUCGACGCAGGAUUCGUAGCCAAUGACUUGCAGGUUGGACAAACCGGCAAGAUCGUCGCUCCUGAUCUAUACAUUGCCGUCGGCAUCUCCGGAGCCAUCCAACAUUUGGCGGGUAUGAAGGACAGCAAGACCAUCGUGGCCAUCAACAAGGAUGCGGAAGCACCAAUCUUCCAGGUCUCAGACUAUGGUUUGGUCGCAGAUCUGUUCAAGGCCGUUCCAGAGCUCACUGGAAAGUUGUAGGAAUCACGAGAGAGCUCUCCAAUAUAUAUUUUUUUAUA